GUUUGUUGGUGUCAGGGGAACAGCCGGUGGACCAAUGAAUGACCAGGACGAUGGACGCUGUUCACGGCGGGACAUACCUGUGCGGGCUUGUGAGAACGCAGUGCGGCACGGAACUGCUAUCAUAAUCGAUUCCUAAGCCGAAUUCUAGCAGCAAAUACUGGGACGGAGUGUGGAUGGGUUCCAUGAAAGAUGGGUUGGGGGGCGCUCGUUGGGGGCCGGUGGCUUUCGUCGGGCAAAAGCAGCCAGUCUCGGCUCGCGGACUUGAAGCCGCCCUGCCUUCACCACCCGCUCCCCUCGGGGAUGAGGUUUCAGACUGCGAGUCAGACAGCAGCGAUGAUGACUCGAGCACACGGCCAGUCAGGAGCAGCUUUCUCGGCGUCCGCACCAGCAUCGUCCGCGGCCCUCGCGACGUGGAAGAAGCCGGAGCCUCCGAGUUUGUCAACUCGUCCUCGGAUACCCUCACAGGGACACCGCCGCUGAGCGCCAAAGAGUUCAAGGCCAAAGCCGUUGUUUCGGAACCAAACGUGUUCGAGAGCCAUGGCCUCGACAACUCUCCACUGCCUCCAAAGAAGGGUCCUCGGUUUUACCGCUAUCUGCGGUGGAACUUUGGCUCAGUUUACCGUCGCAUCUUCUGCCUCGUUUAUCUGGGCAACAUCAUCGCCCUCGCGGUUCUCAUCGCUCGCCACGCCAUCUCAGGGGAAGAGUCCAAGUUCACGUACCAGCAAGCCAGCAUCGCCGUGACGGCAAACAUCCUCGCUGCCAUGCUUGUGCGCAACGAGCAUGUUGUGAAUGCCAUGUUUUGGGUGUUUGGCACCUGGACAAAGAACCUCCCCCUUGGCAUCCGCACGCUUGCAGCAAAGGUGUACUCUUAUGGCGGCAUUCACAGUGGAGGUGCCGUUGCCGCUACUUUCUGGUACAUCGCCUUUCUCGUGCUUCUCACAAUGGAUUUCCAGAGUGACGGUUCGCUCAGCGUCAUCCGCAGCUACAUCUACUUUGUCAGCUACUUCAUCCUGUUCCUCCUCGUGUCGAUGUUGACUUCGGCGCACCCCCACCUCCGGCGGAUCAUGCACAACUGGUUCGAGGGCAUCCACCGCUUCAUGGGCUGGCUGGCCAUCCUGCUCUUCUGGGCACAAGUCAUGCUGCUCGCCGCCGAGUCCACCCAAGCCGGCGGCAUCCCGUUCGGCAAAGCCCUGGUCGUCUCACCCAGUUUCUGGAUGCUCGUGGUAAUCACUCUCCUGCUGAUCUACCCCUGGACGCGCCUGCGCCUCCGCGACGUCGAGGCCGAGGUCCUCUCUCAACACUGCGUCAAGCUCAACUUCAAAUACCGCAACGUGCACUACGGCCAAGCCAUCCGCCUAACCGACGCGCCGCUCAAAGAAACCCACGGCUUCGGCGUCAUCCCCUUCCCCACCGCAGGACCACCACCAGCAGCGUCCCACUGCCCCGGCUGCACCUGUCACACCAACCCCCCACCCAACAACACCAGCACCACCACCAACAACGAAAAAGACACUCUCGCCAGCAUCCGCGCCCACACCCUCACCACCCCCACCGCCCCUCCCGCCCCGCACACCUCCCAACGCGGCUUCUCCGUGCUCGUCUCCAACGCAGGCGACUGGACCUCCAACCUGAUCCGCAACCCGCCCACGCGCCUCUACACGCGCGGCACGCCGCAAUUCGGCGUGCUCCGCUGCGCCGGCCUCUUCUCGCCCUGCGUGGUGGUCGCGACAGGGUCCGGCAUCGCGCCCUGUCUGAGUCUGUUUGUGCAUCAGCAGCAGCAGGGGCAGCAGAAGACGGUGCGGGUGAUUUGGGCGACGCGGGAUCCGUUGAAGACUUAUGGGCGGGAGGUGCUGGAGUGUGUGUAUAGGGCGGAUCCGGAGGCCGUGGUGAUUGAUACGUCGGUGGCGGCGGCGAAGAGGCCGGAUUUGGUGCGCUUGGCGUAUAGGGUCGGGGAGCAGGGGAGGGAGGUGGUGCCUGGGGAGGGGCGAAGGAGGGCGGAGGGGGUGGUGGUGAUUUCGAAUCAGAAGGUUACGAGGAAGGUCGUGUAUGGGUUGGAGGCGAGGGGGGUGCCGGCUUAUGGGGCGAUUUUUGAUUCUUGAUUUUGGGGUGGUGGUCUGGUGGGUUUGGGAUGAGUUUGGUUUGUGGGUUUGCGGUGUUGUGGUUUUGGACAGACGGUUUCUUUGAGUUUGGGAUGGGCUGGCUUGUUACUUCUGACUUGUCUUCUUUCUGUGGCAUAUAUUUCUAGAGGGACUUAGACCUAGAUGGUAUUUCCUCGCUUUCUUUCCAUAUUCUUUCUGCUUUCUUUUCCUCUCCUUUUGUGCCUUUCCUCACGUUUGGCCCAUAGUCUAGUUUCAAUACCUACAAUGAAUUACGACCCA